AACUCACUUUAUUUUGUGUGUUUACAUUUUCACCUUAUGCUUCCAAAGGGUACGCCCCCAUGGCACAGUCGUCCAAUACACUGUAUGACUGUAUACUCGUGAGGAUGGAGUUUACUCUAUCUGGCCACCCUGAUUUAGGUUUUUUCAUAACGUAAAUAAAUAUGUUAGUUCACUCACGAAUCAGAGGCGGCCGUGACUGAGCCAUACUCUUAAAAAGAGACCAGUCACCUGUUAGCCCCUUUGAUUCCACUUUACCACGAAGUAAUCCAACCACAGACUGAAAAAGAUAAUUUACUUUAUACCUGUUAUUCGUGACGUCUUAUCUAUUCCGAGAAACAAAACACAACCUAGCUAGUCAUCCUAAAUAAUGCGUCGAACGUCGUUUGUUUAGGUACAUAGCGUGAACAGUUAACACGAAAAAUUCUAAGUGUGAUGACAUGAUAUUCAUGCUGUCUCUUCGUUAUCUGCCAGAAAACAUGACAUGAUAAAUUCCGGCUUACUAUGUCGUUACCAGAUAAUAUAUAGAGGUGUUGACACCGCGAUUCUGCUGUUGCAGUGAAAUGCUUUUUAAGAAAGGCUAUCUCUUCGUUUGUGUGGGGAAAAGGGUUAUUCAUAACAGCAUCAAGAACGUAAAUAGUGGGCCGAAACGUUCAAUUUUUGGAACCGGUCUCGACACUACUUAUAUAAAAAUGACGGAAACGAUACCAUUAUCGAAGGAUUUCUUUUUCCGACAGUUAUAUGAUCAGGAAAGCAGUACAUACACAUAUCUACUGGCUGACGUAAAGUCAAAGGAAGCCGUUCUUAUUGACCCUGUACUGGAAAUGGCCGAGAGAGAUGCAAAGCUCAUUACAGAGCUAGGACUCACAUUGAAAUAUGCAAUGAAUACACAUGUACAUGCUGACCAUAUAACAGGAACUGGCCUUCUAAAGAGACUCCUGCCCGGGUCUCGUAGCCUGAUAUCACGUGCUAGUGGUGCAAUGGCUGAUGUGUUCGUUGAUCCGUACCAGAAUGUUGAAUUUGGGAGGCACAAACUUGAAGUCCGACCGACUCCAGGGCAUACAAAUGGGUGUGUUACAUAUGUCAGCCACGAUCAAGGGCUCGUGUUUACUGGUGAUGCUGUCCUUAUCCGCGGUUGUGGGCGGACAGAUUUCCAGGAGGGUAACCCCCAUACAUUGUACCACUCAGUGCACACGCAGAUCUUCACCCUGCCAGACACGUUCCGCAUCUUCCCUGCGCAUGACUAUAAAGGUCAGACUGCAUCUACUGUAGGAGAAGAAAAGAAAUUUAAUCCCCGCUUGUCAAAAAGUGAGGAAGAGUUUGUGGAGAUCAUGAACAAUCUGAACCUGGCGUACCCAAGACAAAUUGAUCGGGCUGUGCCGGCAAAUCGCGUGUGUGGCCUUCACGACCUGCCACCUCUUCCUGGUGAUAAGAAGAAGCCUGUUAAAAGAGACGACACUCCACAGGAGGCACCUCCUGUGCUGUAACCUGCAUGAAAAUUUUCAAUAUGUAACCAGACAUACAAAACUGUACAGCUUCAUUUAGGUAUAUUAGAAAUAAAAGCAUGAAAAUCA